AUGAAGGUUUCCAUUCUCCUAGUUGCUGCCUCCGCUGGCGCUGCUCUGGCCCAUCCUGCUGCCCUCGUCGCGCGCACAAGCAGCACAAGCAGUGCCUGUCCCAACAAAUUGUACAGCGUUCCUUCAUGUUGCUCGCCUAACCUUUUGAAAUUGGGCUGCAGUAACCCUUCUAGCGCAAAAGAUGGCCCUGAGCUGAAGAAGAGCUGCAGUGACCAGAAGCCUCUUUGCUGCAGCACACCUUCUGCCCUUGCUGGUGGUCUUUGUGUCAACCCCGCGGGCAUCAAGGAAGAUCAUUGA